CAAAAGAUAGAAUGGAAAACGAAAAUAAGUGAAAACAAUUGAGGACGCCGCCCGAAAUAUUUGGCGCCAAUCAGCCGGAAAUCAAAUGAAAAAAACCCAGUCGUUUCACUCUUCUCAAAAUACCGUACUAGCAGACUCGCAGCUUCGCGAUCUCCAUGGCGCCGCCGUUCUUCAUCGCCGUCCAGUGCUGCCAAUGCUCCACCAUGCAGGUGAAGCAGCAGAAGAAGAGCAGCAGCAAGUGGAUCUGCGUGGUCUGCAAUCAGAAGCAGUCCGUACGGAAAGUGUUCGCGCAGGGAUCCAUGGCGAAGGAUCUCCGCCAGUUCGUCCAGUCUUUUAACAUGUCCCGCCAGUUUUCGAACAAUCCUGUGACCUUGCCUCCGCAGAACGACUCUGAAACUGUCGAGGAAGCUGCCUAUCGGAUUUCGGGCGACCGUGACCGUCGAAAGCAGAAGAGGAGUGAUUGGACCGAGUACCUCGAUCUCGAGGACGCCACUUGUGCAGAAGAAGCAUGCGAUGGAGAUGUCAAUAUAGUGACCGAACUGCCAGAGGAUAUGUUCAAGAAGCCCAGGAUGAAAGACUACCCUUCUCAAUUGGGCAAGCAGGCAGAACAUGCCAAACUCUACAGACCAAUUUUCUCGAAAAGCCAUGUCCCGAGGAAUGCAGCAUGUCCAGGUAUAGAUGCAAGGAAAUCCCAACGUGGUGAUUCAGGGGCAGAGGAUAAGAUUAUCAAACUGGACGGUCAUCCUCCAUUUGCAACCUCCGCGAGGGCAUCCAAAUGGAACAGCUACAUUACAGAAGAUUAUAAUGUCUCGCAAUUUGGUAGUCAGAAGAACUUAUCAGAUGAAACGGGCCACCAGAAUUUUAAUGCAUUUACGUUAACGAUCAGCGAUCAAAAAGUUGAAGAUGACAUUCACCCAGACUUCGUGUAAGACUCUCUCGUCCGACCUCUGAAGCUCCAUUUGAUCAUUAUCUGCUCACUAUUCACCAGUGCUAUACUCGUGGAUGGUACGGUGAGAAUGUUCUCGGUCAAUACAUUUUCACACCGAUCAUUACAAAUUUGUACAACUCUAUGGGGCCGAUUAUAAGUGUUUGUGAAAGUUUAUUUUCGAUAA